AUGGCCUCUUCCCAGCUCUCUAUUAUCUUUGCAAUUAUAGCAAUUUUUGUCCCUUUGGUUUUGGCCAAGGAGUAUGUUGUUGGUGACACAGACGGGUGGACAAUCGGAAUUGACUAUGAUUCUUGGGCUAAGGGAAAACAAUUUGCUGUUGGGGACACACUUGUUUUUAAAUAUAAAGAAGGAGCGCACAAUGUGAUUGAAGUGAAGGAGGAUGAGUAUCAACAAUGUAAUCCUUCUCCUACCGCUAAGGCAUUAACAACUGGAAAUGAUGUUGUAAAGCUUGACGCCCCAGGAAAGAGAUAUUUCAUUUGUGGUAUUGGUAAACAUUGUGCGAUGGGGAAGCAGAAGAUUGCUAUAGAUGUGGGAUCAUCUUCAUCUUCCACUGGUCCUAGUGCUUCAAGCCCUACUGAAUCCAGCAAAGGUGCCUCAAGCCCGACUGAGUCCGGCUCAAGUGACUCAACGGCAACUAAAUCCGGCUCAAGUGACUCAACAGCAACUAAAUCCGGCGCAGAUGGUUCAAGCGAAAGUCAGCACACAGCACCUGCCCCAGCCCCUAGUAAUGCAGUAACUAUCGGACAAAGCUAUGUAUGGAUGGUGAUUAUAAGCAGCAUUAUAGGGUUUUUCAUGGCAUAA